UGCCUUACCCUAGACCUAGAGCCGCCCUUUAUAUAGCAGAUCGAGAGGAAGCAGCUGUCUUACAAAAAAAAAAAAUGGCGUGCACCGUGGAUUUUCGGUGCCUGGACGAAGGGUUUGGAGGGAAAACAUACAAGCGAAAGAGAGCAGAGAAAGAGUUAGGAAAUGGUCUCGAAGAUGGAGAAGCGGCCAUGGAAGUAGAGGAGGAGAAUCCAGCUCCAGCGUCGAAGAGACAGGCGGUUCCGUCUGAGGAGGAUCCAAACAAGCCGGUACUGGGAAGGCCGACGUACGAUGGGGUGAUCGCAGGGAGAGUAUCGGGAAGGAAUUGGAAACAGCCGCGGAAACACAGAUCAUCGGCGGCGAAGGUGAGCGUGAAGGGGAAGACACUGGAGCAGAGGAUAAAGGAGAAGGAGAUAAAGAAGGCGUACAAGGAGAGGAUGAAUGAGCUCAAGGAAGAGAUAAGGCAGAACAAGGUUGACAAGAGGAAGAAGAGGGAGGAAAGAGACAAGAGGAAGCAGGAAAACAUUCUCAAGUCCGGGACUAAGGUUCAGAAGAUCACCAAUCCAAAGACGCUUAAAAAGAUUGCAAAAUCUAAGCAAAGGAAACAACUCAAGGUUGUUUCUGACGACCUUCUUAACAGUGGCAACAAGAAUAAGAAGUCGACUUGAUGAUUUAAAAUUGUAUUCUUUUUGCUAUAGGGGAUAUACUGAUACUAGUAAUCUAGUAGUUUUCAUUUUGCUCCUUUUGAGUUCAUCUAUUGAUUAUGGUCUUUCCCAUUCCAGUUUUUGUAGUUGCGGAUUUAAUCGUUCAGUUAUGCUGUAGCAUUAUGAUUAUUUUCUGCUUU